AUGAAGUUCUGUGGUUGUUUGACUAUUCGACGUGAUUCACGAGAUGAUCCUACAAACAAACGUGUUCAGCGACAUUUUCUUAAACGUGAUUUACCAGCAUCUAACGAUAGUUCCACAAAAAAUACAAAAAUACAAAAAGAUCGAACCAAAUCAAAUACACAAUCGAGCACUCGACAAAACAUUCUAAAAAAGCAAUCAUCAUCAGGAUCAAUUAAUAAAGUUGUUUUACGUGAUAAUCAUCAUAAUGUAUCGAAACGAAGAUCAGUUACAUUUGCGAAUGAUAGUGAAACUGAACAACGUAAAUUUCUUCGAUUAAAUAAGACAAAACGAGGAUCAAUUCAUGAAUUACAAUUAAGUGAAAAUAAACGUGCACGAAGUUCAUCAAAUGUAAAUCAUUCUAUAACAAGAACAAUCAAUACAUCGUAUGAAACAACAACAUGUGAUGAACUUGAUAAUUCACAAGAGAAGAAAGCAGUUGUUCGUCGUCGAAAACGAAGUAAAUCUCCUCGAAAACAAUUACCAACUGAAAUUCUCGAUGCGAUUAAAUUUGAUCUCGUAGAAUCUGUUGGUUUAGAUGACAAUCAACUCAAAACGAUUCCUUAUGAAAAUAUCAAAACAUCUUCGCAGUCUAUUCGUAUUAGUCUAUCAUCAUUUUCAUCUCAACAACACCAAGGACGACGAAGACGUUCUUCUCCAUUCAAUCGAUCAAGCAAUGUAGUCUAUAGUGCAUCAACUAAUAUGUUAUAUUAUCAAGCUCAACCAACUGUGAUUUCUAUUGCUCAAGUCAAAUCAACAAAAGAUAUUAGUAUAUCGCAAAAAUUAGAAAAUUUUACAGCUAAUAUUGGCCAUGUUCGAACACUUGAUGUUCAAGAAAACGAACGUGUUCGACUUGAAUGUAAAUUAACAUCGACCAAAGAUGCUGAAGAAGUUCUGUGGAUGCGCAUUAGAUCACCACAUAAUCCUGAUAUAUUGUCAUAUCGAGACAGCGUUGUCUACGCACCAGAUCGUAUAGAACUUGAACAACGUCGUUAUAGUUCAAGUAGAACUAUAAAUGGAACGUUGAUUGAAACAUAUAUCUUAACAUUAAUUAUUUUACGGCCAACUAUUGAUGAUCAAGGCAGAUAUAUUUGCGCAAAAGGCCGAACUGUUUUUGCUGAAUAUGACAUUUUCAUUAUUGUCCCAACUCAAUUUAUGGAUGAUACUAAUUUUACACAACAGCGAAGCGUUCUUGAAGGUUCAACUCUUCGUCUUUCUUGUUCUGCAUAUGGUCGACCGCUACCAUCAAUAACUUGGUUUUAUCGAACCCAUAAUGGUAAACUGAUUUCAUGUAAGUAG